AUGCGAGCCAGCGCGGGCGAGCUCGCGGCGAACCACCACCCGUUGACAAAACCGAAACCUUCUCGACGCCUCAAGAAAGCGCACAGUCGAACGGCCGCCGCACUUCGCGCGUCCUCCAACGACGAAGCGUCCACUUCAUCAUCUUCGUCAGUCAAAGAUACGGAUAAAGAUGUGAAGGAUUCCAUUCAAUCGAAGGCGAAGAGGAUGUGGACGCGAGCGGAUAGGUUUCACGCGCACUCUGUGAGUGGAGGAUUGUAUUCAAUUUUAGGUUUUGACGUCAUGUACGAGUGGUGCCGAAACGAUUACGGCGCGAUAUUCGGAGGAGAGAUGAGUAAAAGUGCAUUAGUAGGUGAAGCAACAACACUCACAACGGGAGUAGGGGAUUGGAGCGUCGCGGCUUCGAUAUCGGUUCUAUUAGCCACGGCGUGCGCGUUAAGCGGCAUACCGUUAGCACAAAACAAAGGUUGGAGAAAACAGGAGUUAUCGCUUCGAUCGAUUGCGUUCCAGCUCGUCAUGACGUGGCAGUUGUGUCGAUUGAAUUCAGGCGAGGCGUUGGCGCCGUUGGACGCGAUUGCUUUGUACGGGUGCGCUUUGCCGUUCGUUUGGCACACUUUGACGUACAUCUACGUCUUUUUCGUUACGAAGGAUGAUAAACGGUCCGUUUUGUUAGUUUGGCUUGGAGUUCUUUUGUUUAGUUUGCAGUUAGUACCGACGGCGUUGGCCAUUCAACACGGAGAUUUAUUGAACUUGAGAGAAGGGUUGCCGCAGAUGUGGGAACACUCUCUGUUCGGAUUGAUUUGGUUGUUGAACUGGUCCACGUUUGGGGCGAGUUUAAAAGCGCGGAAUGUGGUUGAUGACGUUGAUUUUCGAAAAUGGUUUUUAAUCCGCCCAUCCGCGCUGUGGAUGUUGAUGUAUGUUUUAGAUACGACGCGGUAUCACCCUUUCUCGAGCGUGGGUGAUUACGCGUUCACGCUAGCGGGCGCCUUAGUGGCAUGA